AUGUUACGUCGCAGCUCGCAAUGCCUUGUAAGUGCUGCACGCACUUGCGCCCCUCGUGUGGCUCAGUCCUUUACCGCCGGUAUCCGUCUACAGAAAGCAAGAUUUUCCACCAUUUACGACUAUCAAACGCCGUUUGAGGACAUAAAUCGCCAUCGUAGUGACGCUGAGCAGCGAAUCGCUCAAGUACCGAUUGUGGAAUUGGCUAGUAAUGUGGCUGUGUGUGACGGUGGCGGUGGCGCUCUGGGUCACCCGGUCGAGUACAUUCAACUGGACACGCGCGAGCACAAUACUCCACAGACCUGCAAGUAUUGCGGCAUUCGGUUCAAAAUGAAGGAGGGGUAUCAUGGUAGUCAUUAA